UUGUUGGUUGAGGAGGAGUUGGGUCUGCACGCGGGUUGAAAAAGGAGGCCGCUGGCCGAGGCAGGUGCAAAGCCUUGGUUCGUCUGGAGAAUUAACUCAUCGUACAGGGACCCAGAUCCAACUAGGUUGGCAGGCUCCCUCUGGCUGCCGAGCGAGGGAAAGGCCCGGAGGUGGGGGGUGUGGAAGGGACUUAGCAAGGUCACUUCCAGCAGUCCAGGCAGCGGUGGCUGGCACAAAGUAUAAACUAAUCUGAGAGAAGGGGAGGAAUUCGGCCGUGACAAAGGGAAGGACAUAGAAACGUUGAGUCUGAGAGAUCUCUGUAGCCCCUGUGUAGGGACAGGGUUUAAUGGGGCCCCAACUCUGGAGCCAAGGCCCCACAGAGACAGGUGGUUACGGUGUACCCUGUGUGUUGGUUCUCUCCCUUAGAGCAGAGUUGUAUGCAGUCUGAUCCAAGUGUAACAUCCUUGUUAUUUGUUACAUAAGGAAACAACCCAGAGACCUGAUAUUAUCUACUUGAUGGCAGCGACCGAGGCCGUGCACCACAUCCACUUACAGAACUUCUCUCGCUCACUCCUGGAGACCCUCAACGGGCAGAGGCUAGGCGGUCACUUCUGCGACGUGACCGUGCGCAUCCGCGAGGCUUCCCUGCGUGCGCACCGCUGCGUGUUGGCGGCGGGCUCGCCCUUCUUCCAGGAUAAGCUGCUGCUGGGCCAUUCGGAGAUUCGCGUGCCACCGGUGGUGCCUGCGCAGACGGUGCGCCAGCUGGUCGAGUUCCUGUACAGUGGCUCGCUGGUGGUGGCUCAGGGCGAAGCGCUGCAGGUGCUCACAGCGGCGUCGGUGCUUCGCAUCCAAACCGUCAUCGACGAGUGCACGCAAAUCAUCGCGCGGGCUCGGGUCCCCAGCGCCCCGGCGCCUGCACCUCUGCCACCACCCGUGCCCCCUCCACUGGCUCCCGCGCAGCUGCGGCACCGUCUGCGCCACUUGCUGGCCGCCCGCCCCCCUGGCCACCCCAACGCAGCACACAGCCGCAAGCAGCGCCAGCCUGCACGCCUGCAGCUGCCUGCUCCUCCAGCACCCAUCAAGGCCGAGGGACCCGAGCCCGAGCCCGUGCUGACUGCCGCCCCCGAGGAAAGAGGUGAAGAGGAUGACGACGAGGAGACGGAUGAGGAGACCGAUGCUGAAGAAGGGGAAGGCGGUGGCGGCGGCGGCGGCAUGGGUGAAGGCCAGGCUCCCCCUGCCUUCCCCGACUGCCCAGGGGGCUUCCUUACCGCUGCAACAGACAGCGCGCGUGAGGACCCGCCUGCAUCCACUGGCAUCACUGAUUAUGGUGGUGCCGGGAGAGAUUUCCUUCGGGGGACUGCGGUGACCGAGGAUGUGUUCCCAGAUAGUUAUGUGUCCGCAUGGCAUGAGGAAGGCAACGGGGGUCCAGAAGGUUGUCCAGUGGAAACCUCUGCUCCACCACCGGACUGCGCCCUGGCUGGGCCUCGCCCCAGUGGCGGAAAGACCCCUGGACCCCCUGUGGCUCUCUUCCCCUUCCACCUGGGGGCCCCGGGUCCGCCAGCACCAACACCUCCUACUCCAUCAGGGCCAGCCCCUGCGCCCCCGCCCGCCUUCUACCCCACGCUCCAGCCUGAUGCGGCCCCCAGUGCUCAGCUCGGAGAAACUCCAGCUGUGCCUGCUGCCCCUGCUGCUCCGGCCACGGCUAUCUCGGGCACUCCGGUGCGCGCCCCCGGUGCCUCAGGUGCUGAGCAACCGGCCUAUGAGUGUAGCCACUGCCGCAAAACUUUCAGUUCUCGGAAAAACUACACCAAGCACAUGUUCAUCCACUCUGGGGAGAAGCCACAUCAGUGCGCCGUGUGUUGGCGGUCCUUCUCGCUACGCGACUACCUGCUCAAACAUAUGGUCACACACACCGGUGUGCGAGCCUUCCAGUGUGCUGUGUGUGCCAAGCGCUUCACGCAGAAGAGCUCGCUCAAUGUGCACAUGCGCACCCACCGGCCUGAGCGUGCUCCCUGCCCUGCCUGUGGCAAGGUUUUCUCCCAUCGCGCACUGUUGGAGCGCCACCUGGCAGCUCACCCUGCACCUUGAUUGGGAUCCAGCCGUGCACAGUGCGCAGGCGCAAUCAGACCCUUGGACGAGGCUCACUCCACCAGAAGUCUCUUGCUCUGGAGUACGGACGCUUUCCCUUCCCAUCUCUCACGCCGUUUUCCCUGUGGACUUGGGACCCAGAACCCAAUUUCCCUCCUACACACGCUUAGCAUCUCUGGAAGGGACUGUGUAGAAGAUGGUUAGGGACCCCGCCACCUCAGAGACCCAGACCAUUUCCAGGUUGACCUGGGCAUGGACUAUUGGAACUGUGGAAACCUGAUCAGGAUUUUCACCCCACCCUCUGUCGGGGUAUGAUGUCUAGGGCUGUCCUCUGCCCCAGUGCUGGGCUAGAAUUCUCUGACCUCACCCCCAGUCCGGAGCCACCCCUGUUUCAUCGGACACCUAUGGAGGCCCAGAUAGACCUACCAUGGGACUUUAGGAUUCCGUUCUAAUAAAGGACGUUGGGCCAGUG